AUGGUUCUGGAUGACUGGAAGAGGCUUUACUCCAACACCAAAUCUAACUUCCGUGAGGUUGCUAUCAAAGGAUUCUGGGACAUGUACGACCCAGAGGGAUUUUCGCUGUGGUUCUGUGACUACAAGUACAACGACGAGAACAUGGUUUCGUUUGUUACACUGAACAAGGUUGGUGGUUUCCUCCAGAGAAUGGACUUGGCACGUAAAUAUGCCUUUGGAAAGAUGCUGAUUUGCGGGUCAGAGGGGCCAUUCAAGGUGAAGGGUUUAUGGCUGUUCCGUGGACCAGAGAUCCCUAAGUUCAUAAUGGAGGAGGUGUACGACAUGGAGCUUUACGAGUGGACUAAGGUUGAUAUCUCAGACGAAGCACAGAAAGAGCGAGUCAGCCAGAUGAUUGAAGACGCUGAGCCCUUUGAAGGUGAGGCUCUCUUGGACGCGAAAUGCUUCAAGUGA